AUGGACAGAGGAGCUAAGCUGCAGAAGCUGGAAGCUUUCAAACGAAGGCUACCGCCUAUGUCGGCUGCAGCCAUGUCUGCUCUUUUGCAAGCGGUGGAAUCGUCUGGCCUACCGGAAAUGCAUGGAAGAAAACAUGUCAAGGAGGCGACAGAGAAUGCACUCGAACAGCAUUCUGCUUAUGGUCCAUUGCUUCAGAGCAUGGCAGUGCAGGACAAGGAUGGUGCUGAACAGACUCUCAUAUUCGUCAAUUUUUUUUCGUUGCUACAAGCCCUGUGGCUCGCCUCUGCUGAGUGGAGACGAUUGCUCCAUGGCAGUAGCACUCGUGCUCCUUGCAGGCUAAUCUUUUACUCCGACGAAAUCAAUUGUGGAAACCCGUUGGCGCCUGAAGCAUCCCGGAAAGUCUGGGCAAUCUAUGUAUCAUUUUUUGAGCUAUGCCCCAUCAACCUGAGUAAAGAAGCCUCAUGGCUGCCGCUGUGCUUGGUCAGAACCACUGUGGUGUCCAAUUUGCCUGGUGGUAUGAGCCAAGUGGCUGGCAUGCUGCUGAAAUCUAUCUUCGUCUCUGGCAAUGCGAGCCCUGAAGCAGGAGUGCUGUUGAAGCGGCCUGAUGGUGGAAGAGCCGAAAGGCUGUUUUUCAGGCUCGCUGCAUUCCUACAGGAUGGAGCAGCACACAAGCUGCUUUUCUCGAUAAAGGGGGACGCAGGUACUCGGUGUUGCUUGCUUUGCCGAAACAUUCUGGCGAACAAUAGCAUUGAGCUAGCAGAAGCUCGAUUGCUGAAUCAGUGCUUCAAAGAGGCUGAUCUGCAACUGAACAGCGACGAGGAUUUCAGCCGAAGCAUCAUGAAGCUGUUGGAGAAACAUGAAGAGCUGACGAAGACCGACUUUGCUUUGUGGCAGCAGGCCGUGGGCAUCGUUUAUCAGCCUGAGAGCUUGAUCUUUGACCCGGAACUCUGCACUGUCGCCAAGCCUGUCAGCCAAUGGCUUCACGACUGGAUGCAUGCCUUUUUCGUCAAAGGCAUUUGGAUGAACACUUGCAUGCAGCUCACUAUGAAAGCUGCUGAGAAAGGCCUUGGCCAGGACUUCUACAAGAUCUGUGCUGAUUAUGUGGAGCAGUGGAUUUUGCCUCGUUCGAAAUCGCAGAAUCUGGCUAAAUUGUUUACUGCGAAGAGGAAGGAAGCCAACAAAAGCGCUGAGACCUUCAAGUGCACAGCUUCCGAAGCCCUGGCAUUGUAUCCCAUCUUCACGUGCCUUUUGGUAAAUGUCUUGCAACCCUUGGGAAUCUGCUCCAUGGAAAUCGCUGUAUGCAUACACCUCAGAGAUGUGCUCGAGCUGCUUCAAGCUAACCUUUUCGCAAGCACAAAAAACUCCUCUGCCGCCUUAGCAACCGUGCAAAGCUUCACUUCCGGAAGCAUCAUGGACGUCACUCCCGAGCUGCAAAAAGCCGUGCAGGCUGUGCUCGAUGAUGCAUCCGUCCCGCUACUCAGCCGGUGGCAGCGAGUAGCUGACAAGCUGGUGGAGGGUGGACUGGCAUGGCGGGCGAAGUUGCAAGCGAGCAGCAUGCUGGUCCACAACCACAACAGGGGCGGUCUCGGUGUCAGUGGACAUGGGUGCCACCUGAAAGGCGAAGCCCUGGCCAAAAGCGGCUUCGACAUGAAAUUCCUCCAUUCAGCUGUCUGUUUCGAGAUCAGCCACGAGCCUAGCAGACUGGCUGAACAGCUGGAGUUCAACCGUAAGUUGGUGGAGCAAGCCUCCGGGCUCUUGGCGCCGCUGCAGGGUGCAGAAAGAUACUUGUCCGUGAGUUGCGGGCACACAACUCAGUUUGUGAAGGCCGUCCUCUGCAGCUGCCAGACACCCGUGCUGUCUCUCGCCGACCAGACAGGCCGACUGAACAGGGAGGCCCUGGGCAGAGAUAGCCAUCUGAAUGAGAUGCUCUCCGAAGGGUGGACUUGGCUGGUGAUUAGCUCUCGGGCUGAGUCCGCCUUUCCGCAGCUGCCUUCAUUGGCCGAAAAGGCAAUGAACAGCUCCAACUCAGCUUUCACGGCGACGAUGGAAGUAGAGAGCAUGCUUCAUAUGCAGGAGAUCAUGCAGAAGCAGAUCGCUGAGGGCAAGGAGAUCGAUGUUGAGGCCGUCGCCUCCGAGGUGGUGCCUGUUGGGACGACAUUGAUGCAAUACUCUCCGUUUUUGUGCCGAUGGCUCGAAAAGUUCAGCGACGGCGGAAAGUUUCUCACCCAGUUCCUUUCGCCGUUUAGCCGAGAGCAUGGAGGCAACUGUAAUCUGGGAGAAGAUUUUUUGGCCAUGGCCGCAGGCAGAGGCACUUUCGCUGGCAAUGCGGCAAUGCCAAUGGUUCGGCUGGCCAUGCUAGCGACCAACUAUGCAGCUCCUGGGCACAAGAUGGUUGACGGCUAUGCGAAGCUGAUCGUCCAGGCUGACUGGACCAAAAUGAAAAGCGCCAAAUUUCAGCCGAAGGUGAAUGAGAUGGAGCAGCAGCUCUACGAGUGCUGGCGAGUGGCAGAGAAGCAGCUUCCGAGCUUGGACUCGGUCCGCACCUUCGGCAAGUGCUGCAUUCGCAUGGCACUCCAUGUGCUCCAGAAAGAGAAGAUGGGUCGAGAGGCCAAGACGUACAAGUCCCUUGCGGAGAUCCGGGCACUCUUCAAUGACCAAAUGGCUGGGGUGGCUGCUGCCUUGUCACCGCUACAGCAGAAAAAAAAUGCAGGAGCCAGUGUGGCUAGCUUGAGCGAGAACUACGACCCCCUCUACCAAGCGAUGCAGCAAAUCAAGCUGGAACUUGGCAUGAACUACAUCAUGGAGGACAGGAUGUGGAAGCUCGUAGCUAUGUCAUCGGCCACUUUGUCUCUAGAGCUUUGCGAUCUCUUCGAGGCGGAGAGCAGGGACAUCCCGACGGUGAAGGCGGUCAAGCUCCUCAAGGCCACGAAGCAAUCAGCUCCCGAGCUCUUGCCGGCUACAAUCUGCAAGAACAGGGAUGUGCAGCACCUGUUUGCUAUGGAGGCCAUGCAAGCCGCUGCCUGGGUUUAUUUGCUGAAACAGGCGGAGAAGUACGACAAGUUGUGGAACUACAUUUGCUUGGAUGGCACAGGCAAAAAAGCUUACACUUCUGUGAAGAUUCCCAAAGGCGGCCUCAUGCUGGUUCCCUCGACAGAUUCGCCCCACAAGCUGGUUCAAAAGGAGCCCGAUAAGAAAAAGCCAUACGGCUUCUUCAAGUUCGGAGGGACGGAUUUCUAUAUCCUUCCACCCGCCAUUUAUCGAAAGGGUGACGGCUUGGCGAAGCCAGACACUGGGAGCACGUGUGCUUACUGGUGGGUGCAGAGGGGCCAAACAGCAGGGUCGCAGGAUCCAUGCUGCAUGGAGGAGCACGAGUGGCACGUGGGCAAGAACAACAUGAUCGUCGUGCUCCAGAACUCCGUGCCGAUGGAGAAGCACACCCUCCUCACCAUGGAGCUGGAGGAAGAGGAGGAGGAGAAUAGUCGACCUGCGAAGAAGGCCAAGAAGUGA